CCAUGGCUGUUACCCAUUUCUCAAUCUUACUCCUCGCCCCCCUUUAUUCUUCUCUUCAUAAACCCUAGAAACACAACCAUUUAUCUAAACACCUAGAUCCUUUUUCUAGCUCCAGAUUUUAUACCAAACACCUGUAAUUCAUGUUCUAUGUCUGAUUUCUGUGACUAAUUUGUCGAAUUAAACAACUGUUUAUACAAUAAAAGGGCUUGUCGAUUUUAAGUUGGAGAUUGCUGGGUGUUAAGAUGAGUAGUAAUCAGAAGAAGAGGAAUUUUCAGAUAGAGGCGUUCAAGCACAAAGUUGUAGUUGAUCCCAGGUAUGCUGAUAAAACUUGGAGGUUAUUGGAGCAUGCCAUCAAUGAGAUUUAUAAUCAUAAUGCCAGUGGACUUAGCUUUGAAGAGCUUUAUAGAAACGCCUACAAUAUGGUAUUGCACAAAUUUGGGGAAAAACUUUACACAGGACUAGUAUCCACCAUGACUUCACAUUUAAUGGCUAUGUCAGGAUGUAUAGAAAAUUCCCAUGGGGAAAUGUUUCUGGAAGAGCUCAACACUAAAUGGACUGAUCACAAUAAAGCAUUGCAGAUGAUCCGUGACAUUCUGAUGUAUAUGGACCGGACUUAUGUUCCCAGUAGCCGUAAAACCCCUGUUCAUGAACUUGGCCUGAAUCUAUGGAGGGACAAUGUCAUACAUCUUAGUGGAAUACAAACCCGGCUUCAAAACACACUUCUUCAGCUCAUACAUAAAGAAAGAACUGGCGAAGUUAUAAACCGGGGGUUAAUGAGAAAUAUUAUUAAGAUGCUGAUGGAUUUAGGACCUUCCGUUUACCAAGUUGACUUUGAGAGACUUUUUCUAGAAAUUUCUGCAGAUUUCUAUAGGGUCAAGUCUCAGGAGUUUAUCGAGUGUUGUGACUGUGGGGAUUACCUACAGAAAGCAGAGAGACGUCUAAAUGAAGAAAUAGAUAGAGUGUCACAUUACUUGGAUACAAAAAGCGAAAUCAAGAUAACGAAUGUUGUAGAGAAAGAGAUGAUUAUGAACCACAUGACCAGGUUGGUCCAUAUGGAGAAUUCAGGAUUGAUAAACAUGCUUGUUGACGACAAAUACGAAGAUUUGAGAAGAAUGUAUAACUUGUUCCAUCGUAUUCCCAAUGGUCUCUCAACAAUCCGUGAAGUUAUGACCUCUUAUCUACGAGAGAUUGGAAAGCAGCUCGUUAGCGAUCCAGAAAAGUUGAAAGAUCCAGUGGAGUUUGUACAGUGUCUCUUGAAUGAGAAGGACAAAUACGACAAGAUCAUCACGUUGGCAUUCAACAACGAUAAGACCUUCCAAAACGCUCUGAAUUCCUCAUUUGAAUUCUUCAUCAAUCUGAAUCCUCGAUCUCCCGAAUUCAUUUCGUUGUUUGUGGAUGAUAAGUUGCGGAAAGGUCUGAAGGGAGUCAGCGAGGAGGAUGUGGAGGUUGUUCUUGAUAAGGUGAUGAUGCUUUUUCGGUACUUGCAGGAGAAAGAUGUUUUUGAGAAGUACUACAAACAGCAUUUGGCAAAGCGGCUUUUAUCGGGAAAAGACGUUUCCGAUGAUGCCGAGAGAAGCCUGGUUCUUAAGCUAAAAACCGAGUGUGGGUACCAGUUCACGUCGAAACUGGAGGGCAUGUUUACCGACAUGAAAACCUCCCAGGACACUAUGCAAGUUUUUUAUACGGACCAUGGUGCCGAUUUAGGAGAUGGUCCCACGUUAGUCGUACAAGUCCUGACCACCGGUUCCUGGCCGACUCAGCCUAGUGUGACCUGCAAUUUGCCAUCCGAGCUGACGUCUCUCUGUGAAAAGUUCAGGUCGUAUUAUCUCGGGACCCACACUGGUCGAAGGCUGUCAUGGCAAACAAACAUGGGAACGGGCGAUGUAAAAGCAUACUUCGACAAGGGUCAAAAGCACGAGCUGAUAGUAUCCACUUACCAGAUGUGUGUCCUGAUGCUGUUCAACAAUGCCGAUCGGCUCACCUAUAAAGAAAUCGAGCAGGCAACCGAGAUCCCGUCUACGGACCUGAAACGGUGCCUGCAAUCCAUGGCUUGUGUCAAGGGUAAGAACAUUCUUCGAAAAGAACCCAUGAGUAAAGACAUCGGAGAAGAUGACGUAUUCUUGGUGAACGAAAAGUUCACAAGCAAAUUCUAUAAAGUGAAAAUCGGAACUGUGGUUGCACAAAAGGAAUCCGAACCGGAGAAACAAGAGACACGACAGAGAGUGGAGGAGGACCGGAAGCCGCAAAUCGAGGCGACAAUUGUGAGGAUAAUGAAAGCGAGAAGGGUGUUGGACCAUAACAAUAUCAUUGCGGAGGUUAUAAAGCAGCUGCAGUCUCGGUUCUUGGCAAACCCAAGCGAGAUCAAGAAACGGAUCGAAUCGCUUAUCGAGCGAGAUUUCUUGGAGAGGGACGGGUCAGAUAGAAAGCUAUACCAAUACCUUGCUUGAGAAAGGUUAUGGUGAGAUAAGUAUUUCAGUUGAAAUUGCACCUCUUCUCUUGUUGCCAGUCAAAUAUUGCAUUUCUUAACUUUCUUUCUGCUACUCUCAUAUUCCCCUGUUCUUGAUGUCUGUAGUUGUGAGUAGAGAUACACAAGAUCCGGGCUUAUCUCA